AGAAUCUGGAGCCUCCCCAUCCUCCUCAGGGUCCUGGCCCCAGAGACUGCUCUUCUCAGCUUAGCACCUCACAGCCAAGGCAGCUGCCUGGAAGAUCCUGCCACUACUCAUGUUUUCUGUGUCUGAGCUUCCAAUGUUCACCUCCGCUGUGGACCUACUCCUGGCUGCCACCAUCUUCUGCUUAGUACUCUGGGUGGUCAGAGCCUCUAGGCCUCAGGUCCCCAAAGGCCUGAAGAGCCCCCCAGGGCCCUGGGGGUGGCCACUGAUCGGGCAUGUGCUGACCCUGGGCAAGAAUCCACACCUGGCGCUGGCCAGGCUGAGUGCUCGCUAUGGGGAUGUGCUGCAGAUCCGCAUCGGCUCCACGCCUGUGGUGGUGCUGAGUGGUCUAGACACCAUCCGCCAGGCCUUGGUGCGGCAGGGCGACGACUUCAAGGGCCGGCCUGACUUCUACAGCUUCACCUUCAUCUCUGAUGGCCAAAGCAUGACUUUCAACCCAGAUUCAGGCCCCGUGUGGGCUGCCCGCCGGCGCCUCGCGCAGGAUGCCCUGAAGAGUUUCUCUUUGGCCUCAGACCCGGCUUCUGCGUCCUCCUGCUACUUAGAGGAGCAUGUGAAGAAGGAGGCUGAGUACCUUAUCAACAAGUUCCAGGAGCUCAUGGCAGGGCCUGGACACUUUGACCCCUACAGAUAUGUGGUGGUCUCAGUGGCCAAUGUCAUCUCUGCCAUAUGCUUUGGGCGGCGCUAUGACCACGACCACCAAGAGCUGCUUGAUUUAGUCGACCUGAAUAAUGAGUUUGGGGAGCUGACUGCCUCAGGAAACCCAGUUGACUUCAUCCCCAUCCUCCAGUAUCUGCCCAGCUCUUCCAUGGAUACCUUCAAGGACCUGAACAGGAAGUUCUCUGUCUUCAUAAACAAGAUGGUCAAGGAGCACUACAAAACAUUUGAGAAGGGUCACAUCCGGGACAUCACAGACAGCCUGAUAGAGCACUGUCAGGACAGGAAGCUGGAUGAGAACGCCAAUAUUCUGCUUUCAGACCAGAAGAUCAUUAGCAUUGUCUUGGACCUCUUUGGAGCUGGUUUUGACACAGUCACAACUGCCAUCUCCUGGAGCCUCCUGUACCUCGUGACGAACCCAAGGAUACAGAGAAAGAUCCAGGAGGAGCUGGAUACUGUGAUUGGUAGGGAGCGGUGGCCCCAGCUCACUGACCGAACCCAGCUGCCCUACAUGGAAGCCUUCAUCCUGGAGGUCUUCCGGCACUCCUCCUUCUUGCCCUUCACCAUUCCACACAGCACCACAAGAGACACAAGUUUGAAUGGAUUUUACAUCCCAAAGGGGUGCUGUAUUUUUGUGAACCAGUGGCAGAUUAACCAUGACCUGAAGCUGUGGGGGGACCCAUCUGUGUUCCGGCCUGAACGCUUUCUUUCUCCGGAUGGCACUGUGGACAAGGCACUGAGUGAGAAGGUGAUUAUCUUUGGCUUGGGCAAGCGCCGAUGCAUCGGGGAGAUCAUUGGUCGCUGGGAGGUCUUCCUUUUCCUGGCCAUCCUGCUGCAGCAACUGGAAUUCAGUGUAUCACCAGGAGUGAAAGUAGACAUGACCCCCAUCUAUGGUCUGUCUAUGAAGCAUCCCCGAUGCAAGCACUUCCAGGCACAGCUACGUCCUUCUGUCCUCAAGUGUCCUGAAGCCUAGAUCUGUCUACCUGGUCUGCAUGGGGAGUAGAUCUGGGCUUCAGCCUGAAACUCAUAGACUCUUGGAGAAUCAUACCAGCUCUCUACCCCAACUUCCCACGCUGCAUACUAAACACAGACAGUGGGGACAGCAGAAGGAUGUAGGAACCCAUGGGGUUUCCACAGAGGUGCCUGAGCUGGGAGCCCAGCAGAGUUGGGUCUUUCAGCCUCUGGGAACCUCUGAGGAGCUCUCUGGAAGUCUCUGGGCCUACCAGCUGCCAGGCUGGAGAAACAUUUAGAGCAGGCCUGCCAGGACCUGUCUGAUCCUUGUGGGAUCCUCCUGGAGGAAGGGAAGAACCAGCCCAAGAGACUGGCACAGAGGUGGAAUUGCCAUUUUCCCAAGGCUAGGUGAUGUGCUUCCAUGGGCUGGCAACUCCAUGCCUGGGGAAUCACAUUUGUCUGCCCUACCUCCAGACAGUAACAAACAGGGCUGCCUCCUAUCCUUGUAAAACCCUUGUUCCUGUCCAGGGUGGGGAUGGGACUUGCAUCUAAGAAGAAUUACACCUAAGACCAAGGACCAGGGCUGGCAUGAAGGAAUAUUUCAGUUACCUUUUCCUGGCAUCCCUUAUCUACACCCCAUGUGAAUUUUUUUUGUAUGUGAUACUAGGGAUUAAACUCAGGCCCUUUACCCAGAGCUACAUCCCUAACCU